AGCCGCCGCGCCAGCGCAGAGAGGCACGGAGACGCAGUGAGCGCAUCAAGUCCACUUCAUCUGGAAAAAAACACAAACUUCUUAAUCAGGGACAAAAAUUGCAGGAGAUACCACUUUGUCUGCACGGACAUAAAAUGAAAGGGUUACCUGGCUGUACUUUGGAUUUGGAGUCUUGUGUUACAUCGCUGCGACUUUGACAGAAGAGUUGCACAGGCAAAGUCUGAAGGAGUUGUCUGUCGGAGGAAUUUCAGGCACCCUGAAUUAAAGUUGAGUUGGACCUCCAGGAACCAGUCAGGAAGUAAGCUAAACUGUACCUUCUGCUCUCACAGGGAAAGAACACACCAAAGCACCAUUACCACCAUGGAUGAGGAACAGUGUUACUACAAUGAGACCAUCGCUUUCUUCUACAACCGUAGUGGCAAGUACCUUGCUUCUGACUGGAACACCGUCAGCAGGCUUGUGAUGGGAUUGGGAAUCACUGUGUGCAUCUUCAUCAUGCUUGCCAACCUCCUUGUGAUGAUCGCCAUCUAUGUCAACAGGAGAUUCCACUUCCCCAUCUACUACCUGAUGGCCAACCUGGCAGCUGCUGACUUCUUUGCAGGACUUGCAUACUUUUACUUGAUGUUCAACACGGGACCAAACACAAGGCGCCUGACUGUUUCCACAUGGCUGCUGCGCCAGGGCUUGAUCGAUACCAGCCUUACGGCAUCUGUGGCCAAUCUGCUCGCCAUUGCCAUUGAGCGCCAUAUCACCGUGUUCCGUAUGCAGCUGCACACACGUAUGAGCAACCGCCGUGUGGUGGUAGUGAUUGUCAUAAUCUGGACCAUGUCUAUAGUGAUGGGAGCCAUCCCUAGUGUGGGCUGGAACUGUAUCUGUAGCAUUAAGUCUUGCUCCAACAUGGCCCCACUUUACAGCAACUCCUACCUAGUCUUCUGGGCAGUGUUUAACCUGGUGACAUUUGUUGUUAUGGUGACACUUUAUGCGCACAUCUUUGUCUAUGUGCGCCAGAGGACCAUGAGGAUGUCACGGCAUAGUUCGGGACCACGACGCAACCGGGAUACCAUGAUGUCUCUCCUGAAAACUGUGGUGAUUGUUCUGGGUGCCUUCAUCAUCUGCUGGACCCCAGGCCUGGUCAUCCUCCUCCUUGAUGUCUUCUGUGCCAGCUGCAACGUCCUCACCUAUGAAAAGUUCUUCCUGCUUCUCGCUGAAUUCAACUCAGCCAUGAACCCCAUCAUCUACUCCUACAGAGACAAGGAGAUGAGCGCCACGUUCAGGCAGAUCCUGUGCUGUCAGAGGCAGGAGAACGUCAACGGGACAGCAGCAGAGGGAUCUGACAGGUCGGCGUCGUCCAUCAACCACACGGUGCUGAGCGGUGGGAUGCACCACCAUCACCACAACAAUGAACACUCAGUGGUAUAAAGGAGGGCUGGAGAACCUGCAGAUCUACAGUUUAAAGGGUCAAUAUUUUUGGGAGAUUGAGACUGAAAGAAGGUUAUUGGCGUUAGGGGAGUGACUGUGAACAUGGUAUGAACAGUGGACAGAAAGGGGUUAAUUCAAGAAUGAAGAAUAAGUAUGUGGAGUAGAGAUGAGUGACAUCACAGUAAAGGAGAAGAUGGCAACUAAAAUGAAGCAGACAAUACUUUUGCUGUUGGGAGGGAGAACAGAAGAUGAGUCUGAUCUUUGAGGACACUGAUGGGCUGUUAGUAUUUUAUGUUUAGUUGUUUAUUAUUUUCUAUUUGUUUGAAACGUUGAUGUUUAUGAACUAUUUAAAGAUAUCUGUGAAAUGAAGGUAAUGCCAGUAAGACCCAUCCUUUCUUCUCAGCCUUAUUGUACUUUCAACCCCCGGAUAACCAGUUCUAUGUAUUUCCAUGAAUUCAUGAUGUAAGACAAAAUGACACUUCGUUUAGGGUUUCCUGCGUUUAGGAUUUGUUUGCAUUGAUUGCCACAUUUUAUGUCCAAUUUAACCCAGAUUUAGAACUUUGUUCUGUCGUUUGUUUUUUUUUUUUUCUUUUUGUAAGACUUUAAAUGUGGGUUAAAUCAGAUCAACACAUGCCACUCCGAGCUUCUAACUUCAAAUCAGCAGCAUCCUGUAGUUUCACUAAUCAAAUGACCUUGCUGACUAUCCAGACUGUGCUUAUUCUUGCAUUGGGUUUAUACUGUAUUUUUGCUUGGGUUUUCUAUCUACUAUCUGUUAUUUUUUAGUAACCAGAGGCACUAUUUAUAUUUCACAAGCAUCAUUCACCUCUUUAUUACAAUACAAACUUAAAUUCUUGGGAUGUUUAGACUGAUAUUUUUUCCUUGACUAAAAAGAUUUUAUGAAUGCAUCCCACAUAUAUUCCUUUCAUUCAAAUUAAACGUGUAAGGCCCAGGAACAGCAUAAAUCCUGAGUUGUUUAUUCUCUCUCAGGAAUCUGAGACAAGAUGUUCCAGGGAUCUUACAAAAAAGGGGGAGGAUGAUGUUUGCAGUUUCAGCGCAGACUCUUAUAGACAAGAUGAAGGUCAUAUGUGGGAUGCAGUAAAAGAGCUCUGAUUAUGAUGUGAAACGAGCUGAGCCGGUCUUUUCUGAUGGUGUCUGAGGCCAUGAAAAAGCCUGAGGAAGAGAUAGAGGGUUUUUUUGUGUGAAACCUGCCCCCUGAUUGCACCAGUAGAAUGUCUAGAGCGGAAAAUAAAUAUGAAUUUUGUCAAAAUUACAAUUUUGAAAAAAUAAACCUGACAAUUAGUACACUACAAGAGGUGACAUGUUGGGGUUUUUUAGGUGUUAAAUGAAGGUGAAAUGAACGAUUGUGAAUGUCUGCCUCAGUUUAUAGUUUACAGCUACAGUUCAGCAAACCGUAGUCAUGGUAACCAGCUUUUGUGAAACUGGACACCCUGAUUUGGGGAUGUUAAAUUGAGACCAGAUUAUUAAUGGGAAGAUUCAAAGAAAGUUUGGAAUGAUGUUUUUUUAACAUCAUCUAACAUUUUCUAACUUGUCUUUUUUUGUAAUAAAACAAACAGCCAAACAAGCCUGCACUGAGGCCAAACAAACAUUCCUACAUGAAUAUCUGAACUUAAUUUUAGUCCAAUAAUUAAUUCAGUCUAAUAAAUUAAUCAGUUUUCCAGUUACAGUUGAGAAGUGGUGCAUAAUAAUGUCAGAGUUCACCAACACCAAAGAAUGGCUUAGAUUAACUUCACCAGUAAAUCUACUAAUUAUGUUGCAUUCCACCGACUCUUUACAAAAUUCCACUGGUCCAAAGCUGGUGUUACGUAUCACUACAGUACUUAUCCCACAAUCUGUUCCCCUAGCUACUGAAUCCAUCUCAGCCUGUAAGACCUGGUUUAAGUUUGGGCUCUUAUGUAUAAUAAGAAAAACUGCCCAAAUUGUCAACAAACAAGGCACUAACUCGCAGUUUAUUACAAAUAAACAGUAUUUGCUUUCAACUAGAAGUUGCAUGAUAUGCACACUUUUAUCUUUGUGACAGUGUUAAUGGUGAUAUGAAGUAACAGAGUAAUCAUCAGAAGUAAACUGUGUUUUGUUUGUGUCAGUAUAUUUGUAAAAGUAUUCACAUUCUCAUUCGAGCAUGACAUGACCGAUUAGAAAUCCAUCAACAGUAUUUCUCCACUUGUGACCCAUGGGGGAUAUUCCUCAUUUGCACUGCUGCUGUACAUAAAACUCUAGUGUGGCUCAUUUUGUUUAAGUAGUUGACAGCUAAACUAUGAAAAUAUUUGCCAUUUUCGUGAGCAAGCAGCCAUUUUGGACCUUUUGUCAUACAUAUAUUAUGUCUUCCCAGUAACAACCUGUGCCAUCGUCUAUAAAGGAUCAUUGAAAAGCUGCAAAGCUGGACUGGUCUUCACUUAAGGUUAAAGCCAUGCAGUAAAGUUUGAAAUCCUAACUCUGGAAAUGUAGUUUAAAGGGACAUUUCAGCAUCAUCAAAGAUGAAGAAGACAUAAAUCUGAAAACCUCAUGGGGGCAAAUGAAGUUUUAAAGAUAAAAUACAGCUAAAAUAUAUCUUGAACCACAUUGUUAAAUUUGUUCAAACCAUGUAUUCAAAGAUGUUAUGACAAUAAAAACAUUACAAUUUAUCAUCAGAAAAGAAGAGUAAAAGUACCAUUGCUUUCAUGGUGUUUUCUUUAUUAAUAAAAAGAAAGAAAACGGAGAAGGGAGGUACAGUUUGCACUGUUGACAGUGUGAUACUAUUUCCAAAGUGCACUAUCUUAUUUCUGCAAUUCACUUGAGAUUCCUCACCAGCUGAAAUUCAGCAUGGUGAUGGAAUGACGUGCAUUGUUAAGAGCUGCCAGCUGAACGUUUUGUCCUUAUGUGAAUCAAAACAACUUUUGGCCAAAACCAUUGACAAAGCUUCCAAUAGCUGACAGAAAAGAGGGAACCACUGCCAAAAAAAUUAGCUCAAGAUUUAGGAUAUUUAUCAGCAACUUGAAUAGCAGAAAACAUGAAGUAAGCUGACAUUUUUGCAUGUCAAAGUUACCUCAACUUCUGCCCUGCUAGUGAGACCACGUGUACUUUUUUGUAGUGGGGAGUGUUUUUUACUCACUUGUAAUCUAGAGUGUCCCUUUUUUUUGUUAUUUUUGUUUUGUGCCUACAUCUUCUAAAUAUGCCUCCAAAACUAGACAACGAAAAAUGAGACAAAAAAUCCAAGGAUGCAAGUUUUGCUUCAGAGUUUGAACUCUAUCUGCUGUUUACAUUUUACAAGAGGCCUCACAAGAGCACUGAUGGAAGCAGUGGAACUUUGACCAAACUUUUCAAAUCUAUGGCUCUCUAUCCAGCCCUCCAUAUAUGACAUUCACUGUAUCUGUGUUUUUUCUAACAAAGUACUUAUUCAGGUAUUACAGCAAACCAACUAAACUUUUGGUCUUUGUAUGUCUCUGUUUACCAGUGUGUCACACCUAGUACACUAUUGUAAGUAUAAGUGUACAGUACAUAUGUAUAUAAAAUAUAUAAUUCAAAGUUAAUCACCAAAGGGAAAGUGUUUGUAAAUUUAACUGUUAUACUCUGUCCCGAUGUACUGUAGGAUUUUGUUUAUGGUCUGUAUGUCGUUAGCUCUUUUUAGUGUGGCCCUAAUUAACAAACUGUGUGUGGACAUUAUAACAGUACAUUUCAUGAUUGUGACCUUGAACUAUGUGUGCAGUGCCUUGCAGUGUUCCUCUUGAAAGAGUAACUUUACACCACACUGAAAAGCAAAUAUUUAACUUCAUAACCUGUUAAUACUUUAAAAUUAAGAUCAAGCAAAUUUUGCUCAGUAUUAAUGAAACAUUAACAUCAAAACCUGUUGGAAGUCUGAUGGCCUGCCUUUAGGUUGUUUGUGUUUUUCUCAUUAUUAGAAAGAUUAUUUACACAGCUGCUGUGUUUAAGUAGGCUAUUACUCAUGCCAUAUGGCACCUAAAAGUUACAAUUCUUGUGAUUCUAACUACUACAAGAUUCAACCAACACAGCAGCCAAGUGUUGAUCCAUCAGACAACAACAAACAAUGAUUUGUGGAUUCAUUUAAUUUUUACUAGCUGUAGUCCUACUGCACUUUUCUAAUCCAAAAUUACAAGAUCUAAAGAUUGCACCAAAACUACAAACAAUAAUUCUUUACCACCUACAACCGACUUCCAGUCAGGUGAAGUCAUAAGCUUAACCCCUUAUCCCCCCAUUCAAUCACCAGUCACCAUCAUAAUUAGCAUGCGAGCCUGCCGCUUUCCUAGACAACCAUGCUAGCUUGCUUGCUAGUGUCUAUAUUAGACACAAGGUUGUUAAUAUUAGCUACCUUUAGUCAAACCUGAAUAACGUCAUAGAUUUAAAUAGAAAAGCAAACAAAAUCAACUCAGUUAAAUCUCCCGAGAAAAUUAAGAGAAGCUUACUUAUUUGGUAGGCAUCUAGAUGCUUUCCAGGAUGCUUAGUAAGUUAUUAUAUAGAGCCUAGCUGAUUUCAAGGCAGCUAAAAACAGGGUAGGGGCAUGUUAAUGUCUCCCAGGCUCCUUAGACUGGCUACCUGCCAGGCAGCCCAUUGGUUAAAGAGAACUGCAAGGCAGCUAGGCAUAAUUUUGCCUUCCAGACUGCCUAUAUGUACUAGCAUAAGUUAGAUAAUAUUAACAUACUUACCUAUGCCUAAUAUAGAAGACAGCAAGCAAGCUAGCGAGUUUGCUCGCUUGCUCGCCUGAUACAAUGGUGACUGGUGUUUGAAUGAUAGGCUAGUCUCGUGACUUCCUCUGAUUGGAAGGCAGUUGGAGAGCAGGACGUGCCUUCCAGGCAAAGCUGAGGGCCCAAAACACCACCAAGCUACUUCACCUCAGCAACACUGAUGGGUGUGGUCAGAAGUACAACCACUCCCUGCUGAUGUCAUGGUGUACACCUCUUUACCACUGCAGGUGUGAAGUUAAACCAGUAGAGGCCUAAGACAAGGUUUUCAGCUGGUAUUCAGUUACUCUUUUAGUUUGUGUGUUGCUAACACUGUUAUUUAACCAGAUUAUUGUCAGUAUAAGAGUGAAAUUUUACUGUUAUGAAAGGUUUUCAAGAGAAUUAUUUUUAGUCUCAUUAUCAAGAUACUUAUCACAGCUACCAAAAAUGUUAUACUAGGACAUGAAUUAAAAUUAUGUAUGAUAAUGUUAUUUCAUGGUUCAACAUGAAGACAAUUUGAUAACAGAAACAAUAAUAACAGGAAUGUUAGAUUUUUAACACAAAAAUAGCCCAGAGAGUAAAAAAAAAGACAGAUGACACAACAUGAUAUGAAGUGUUUCAGGACAUUUUUGCAAUGCUUUAUAUGAAACUGAAAAACAUACAAAUUGUUCUUUUUUAAAGAGGAAUCUGUGACAAAGACAAAAACGGUAUUGUCUUCUCUGUAAGGGCCAAAAUAAAUAAAUUCAAGAGUCAUAAAGUUGAUAUACAAACAAAAAUAAAAUACAAGAAAAAUCUGA